AUGGCAGAACAAGUCAUUCGAACUGAUAUUUUUGAUUAUGAAGCAGCAUUUCUUGCUUACAAGGAUUCCAACAAUGAUCAUGAGAAAUUAUCGCUGUUCAAUCACACCUUCUUAAAACUCCUGGAAGAUCAAGGAUUGUUUUGUCGUGAGGAUCAAACCACUUUAGUGGGCGACAUUGGCUGUGGCGAUGGAGGAGCAACUGUCCAUUACUUAAAAAAUAUCCAAUUUAAAGGUGGAUUAGAUGUUCGAGUCACCGAUAAGCAACCAGAAUUUGCCGGUAGCGAUACAUCGUCAGAUCAGAAUAAAAAUUCCAAAGCAUGUCUAGCAGAAGAGAUCCUCUCCAAUGCCAAACAAUCACAGAUUAUCCCAUUAAAGAAUUACCAAGUAAGGUAUGGCGAUAUAUUAGCAGAUGAUGUCGCACAAUUGCUGUAUACCAAUGAGGAAAUGAAAGCUUCAAUGAAUCGAUUUGAUCUUGUCUAUCUAUCUCACAUUCUCUACUACGCACGCUAUAAUCAUCAAAAUGGACGUUAUGGCGUAACCCAUGUUGUAGACAGCGUAGCAACGGAUUUAUUAUCGGAGAAUGGCGUUGCAAUAUUAUUCCACAGUGGGCUUCGAUUUAGCAAGUACGCCUAUUUCCGAAUAGCCUAUUUCACCCGAGGUGUUAUCCAGAAUGUUGAUCCAACUGAUGAGGAAAUUAAAAGAUUAUCCACUGAUUGUGCUAUUAGGGACGCUUGCAAUGAAUUAGGGUUAACUUGUUUCGAGAUACCCUACAAGUUCGAUCUGUGCUUUUCCAAAGAUAUUCGAAAGUAUAGUGAUAUCUACAAGGAUCCUAGCCGAUAUCAUGAAUUGCGAGGUAAUCCUUCUGCGAUAAAGGAUUUACGCGUAAUCAUAUUUAUGUCUCAUCGCUCACCGGAAGAUCUCUAUGCAGAUAAAUCUCCUCGAGGAUUAAACAAUUUAGUCGAUAGAAUCGUCGAUGCUGUGGAGAAUAAUGGUUGCGUAGACCUAUUUUCUUUUAUGCAAAUCAUCUUGAGCAGAAAAGCAAGCGCCGAAUUUAAGCAGAAGAUAGAAAGAGCUGUAAAGGAAUGCCAGAAUCAACUUUGUAGCUAG